AUGUCUUCUUUGAUUGCUGCUCGGGACACCUACGUGCUGCGGAGGCGAUUCGACAUGCCGCACGGCAAUGGUACAAUUGAUGCCUGGGCAGUAUCGAGCUCGCAAGGCAUUAUAAUAAUCUCAUUUUACACCAUAAUGAUGAAGGCCAUUGUCACAUAUUUCUGGAUGGCCGUCGUUCUCUUCGGCGUUGGCCUCUUCUUGCAACGGCACUCCCCUCAUGAUUCGGAUUCGUCAGCCACGACAACAACUAUCGGCCUUUGGAAUUUCAGGCACUCACCGCAACAAGUAAUCUAUUUUAUGAUCCGACGCGCAUUUGCGGUUAGAACAUCUCGAGAUCUCUGGUAUCCGUUAAUUUGGUUUGCGGUGGCUGCUGUCGCUCUCGCAGCCUCACUUGUAGUGCCCAUUUUGAAAACGCAAAGCUUGAAGAUUGGAAAUGUUGCCCCGGUAAAUCCAAAAUCCGUGUUUGUCCCAUACUACUUUGACCCGAAUUCGGACAUGCUCGAAACUGCUCAGCAAAUGGUUCUCGCUGUGCCGGCAGCGAUGCGUGCUGUUGGUGCCGCUGGGACGAUUCCAGCGAAUACAGUCUUUAUAUCCAAUGCCACAUCAUCGUCGGAAAACGGAACUGUCUUCCAGUUAGAUUAUCGAUAUGGUAUAUCAGGGAGCGACUUCGGCUUGCAGAAAACUCCAGAUUUGUGGCUGAACGUCUCCGGAUCCUGCAUCACAGACUAUACUUGGUACCAAUAUGAGGAUGAAAGCGGUGGUGAUGUAUAUCACAUGUUCAACGAUCCAAGCAAUGUCCAAGUUGUAUACCCAAGUCUAGAUCAUGGGCCAGCUUUUGCCACUGCUUAUGUCGACGCCAGGGACGGGUACAUCUCCAUUUCCAAUAUUAGUUACGCCCUUCUGGUAUCUUCUGUCGGACGCCAAUCACUUUCUAAUUCCACCGACCCUUGGUAUGCAACUGAAAAUAUUGUUAAUAACAACCCCCCGUGGUUAUAUCAAGUCAAGAAUGAGAGGCCGCCGUUGUCUUGCAGGGAGGAAACCGUCUGGUCCUACCGAGGACACACAAAUGAUACGCUUCAUUUGAGAGAGCUCACCGACAAUCGCCUGUCGAAACCUGUCUAUAUAGCACUCAGUCAGAACCUUUACAAUCCCAUGGUUACCUUAAUGACAGAUCGCAUAGGCCGGUCCAGCCUCGCGUCGUCGACGACUUAUGUUCAGUCCGGUUUCGAUGCAAAGCAAUGCAGCGUUAUCGCGGACAUGACUCGCCUCAUCAACACCAGCUAUAUCGCAACCCGCAACAUUCUAUCUGACUCAACCACUAUGAGUGUACAGGGACGAGGAGAUUUAUUAAAUGUAUUUUCUGCAUUUUCUGCCAAUAAUAGUGGCUCCGAUGAGUUUGUCAUAUCGAGCCCCGACAUUAUCACACUCUCUGUGAAGGCGCUCAUCAUUGUUCCUACUGUCUUCGUCGGGGUCAUAGUUCUGCUGGUAGUUCUGGCAUUCCUUCCCGAUCCAUGGCGCUCGAGUAAGGAGCUCAAUGCUACCAGGCUUCACGCAUUGAAGAGGCAGAAUGCCAAGACUAAGACAAGAGACCUGAGAGAAUCUAAGGGAAAUGAAAAUGGCAGGCAAGAUGAUCGUCGUGACGCCAAUGAAAAUGACGGCGGGAAUGUGGGCAAAGAGGUACACAAUAUUGUAACCUCAAUUAAUGCCUAA